AGAAGGCGGAGGUGUGGUCGCAGCGCAGCAGCCUUAAAAACACGUGUUGAAAAGCGUGGAGUUCAGAAAAACUACGAGGGAGUUGUGUGGGAUCACAGAGGAAUCGCCUAAUAAAGUCUUCAUCACGCAGGACUAUGCCAUCCUACGCGCUCAAUCAAUUUAUUGAUCUGGAUGAUGUCCUGUGCAAGCACCUUUUAAAUCUUGAUCUCCGAGAACCAAUGAAACCCUCACACGCAGCUGCUGUUGGAUAUAGGAAGCCCGACAGUCCCUGCACACUUUCCUCCACCAGUUCAGGACUUUCUAUUGACAGCAUUGAGAGCGGGACCAUGAACUCAAGUUACUGGGGCCCCCAGAAAGUAUCAUCUCAGUCAAAGUGGACCAAGAUGUCCUUUUGGUCCGAGCGCUCCGUUAGCAUGGUGGAGGGCAACACUGGAAGUCUGGGUUGGUCUUCUGCUGAACCCGACCAUUUAAAGCAGUCUUCGGUCACGUCAGGUGCCGUUUCCCUCUCCGGCUCCACGUCUUCGAUUUCUGUGACCUCGUCACGCUACAAGACAGAGCUGUGCCGUACGUUCGCCGAAAGAGGCGUGUGCAAAUACGGCGGCAAGUGUCAGUUCGCGCAUGGCCCCGAAGAGCUACGAGACCUCAACCGUCACCCGAAAUACAAGACUGAGCCCUGCCGCACUUUCCACUCCAUUGGCUUCUGCCCCUAUGGCAUCCGCUGCCAUUUCGUGCACAACGCCGAAGACGAUCACGCACAAUCCCAACCCCAGACCUCCAACCCUGCUGUCCAACGGCCUCCCCUCCUCAAGCAGAGCUUCAGCUUUGCCGGGUUUCCCACAGCUCCCCAAUCUCUAGAACCCCCCCUAGUGCCUUCCGCGUUCCUGCGCGCACCUUCUGUUUCGACUCCGACAUCGACCGCCAUGUCCGACCUUCUCUCCCUGGCCUUCCCUGAUAUAGACCCCAACACCCUUCUGGACCAGGCCCGAGAGUUGCAGCCCCAGUUUCUGCCCUCUCCUGAUUCGGGCUACUCUCACUCGGGACUGACGCCCACUUUGUCGCCCACCCAGCCCGCCCCUUCCCAGCCUGAGGCCUGCUUGCGACAGAGUCCCACCGGCGGGGCUUCCCUAGGCCUCCGAAGCCUAUCCCACACCUCUCUUUCAGACCACGAGGGUGGCAGCUGCAGUUCAUCCAGCAGCAUGAGCGGCUCCGAAUCGUCCUUUGGACCCGAAGCCAAUGGGCGCAGGCUUCCCAUCUUCAGCCAGCUUUCGGUACCCGAUGACAGCGUCUACAACGAAGGCAGCAACUCAGGCACAAGCUUCUUCCUGUAGACUGUCGCUCCUCACGGGGACUGAACUGUAUACUGUGGUAUACCUACUGUAUUAUAUGGCCGAUACUUGACAUUUUAGUUAAGCUCAGAGUGAAACAUACUGUUUGAAGGUACUGAAUGUUGAAAUGAUUCUUUAAGUGGGGUUUCAUGUGCUUUUAAGUGGAGCGAUUCUCCAUGUUUUAUUUUUGAUGAAUGAAAAGACAAGUGGGGAAAAUUAUUAACUUGGAAAGUUCUGGCAUCGAGAUGUUGUUUGGUGACAUGAAGCUGUUAACUUUUAAGAUGCAUUUAGCAAUCAGCUAUUUACAAAAUUAUUGUACCGAAAUGGCCAAAGAGAGGUUAUGACAAGGUCUUUUUCAAUAUUUGAGAGAUUCAUUGUACUCGUUCUAACUAGACCUAUUUUUUUUUUUCUCCACAGUUUGUAUACUGCCAUUGUAAACUGACUGUUUCUGAUGUUAGAAUUGAAUUUAUUUGGUUGUGUUAGUCUGCAAUAUCGUUCUUCCAGCUCCUUUUUUUUUUUUUUUUUUGAGAUCAGCGUUUGGUUUGUUCCCAGACCUACUUGCCUUAUGUUUCCGAGGAUCCGUACGCAGGCCUCUGGAAGUGCACAGUUGGAGCUUUACUUGGAAUGAGUUGCCUGUGUCAUAGUUUUUGGUUUUGUAGCUGUUGUUGUUGAUAUGAGUUUAGGCAAAUCAAUUUAUUACUGUAUGAGCCUUUAGUGGCCUUGUGUUUGGGUUAGUUAUUUUUAUAGCUGGUUCUGAUGGGUCCCUUUUUGCAUCUGAUUGUCUGAAAUGCUCCUGUUGGCUUUGUGUUACAUGAUGGAGAGUUUCAAGUAACUUAAUUUCCUUUUUUAUUUAUUUUAUUGUAUUUAUAGAAAACAUGUUUUUUGAUAACGUUUGUAUUAAGUUUAAUAUAUUGAUUUCUUCUCCCUGCUGCCCCUCUCAUUUUGUACUGAAAAUAAACCUGUUGUUGAACAUUG